AUGGCGUCGACGCAGCCAUUGAUCGUCGCAGCGAAGACGCUUCGAAACCGGGUAUUUUCCCGAUCCGGAUCUACAUCAGCUGGUCCAAGCCGGUGGGCGACUCCAGGUCACGAGGAGCGACCCAAAGGGUAUUUCAUGAACCGGACUCCGCCGCCUCCGGGACAGUCGCGCAAAUGGGAAGAUUGGGAGCUUCCAUGUUACAUCACAAGCUUCCUCACGAUUGUUAUCCUCGGUGUCGGACUCAAUGUCAAACCCGAUCUUUCAAUCGAGACCUGGGCUCAUCAGAAAGCUCUCGAGCGUCUUGAGAUGGAGAAACUCGCGACUGCUGGAGAUUCGUCUGAUUAA